CGGCCGCCCGCCGCUGCCAGGCAUCCAUUACCGAUCGCCUUCUCACCAAGAUGAGGACCCUCUCCCUGCUGCUCUGCGCUGCCCUGCUGGGCCUGGCUGCCCCUCAGUUCCGGUUCAGGCGUCCCCAGCGCCCGCGGAACUUCUUCCGGCCCCAGCAGAACUUCCGGCCUCAGCAGAACUUCCGGGCCCAGCAGAAUUUCCGGCCCCAGCAGAAUGUCGUGCAGAAUCAGGGCCCGCCGCAGCAGAGCGGCGGUCUGUACUACUCGUGGCGUGACCCGGCCGUCGGCCGCAACGCCAAGUUCUCCUGGGGUCAAGCCAACGCCGCCUGCCAGCGUCGCAACCAGCGUCUCGUCUCGCUGGAGACGGCCGGCAAGAACCAGCAGAUCGUCGGCGAGAUCGCCAGCGACAACAUCCCGUACAUCUGGACCAGCGGCCAGCGGACGGGCCAGAACAGCUUCCAGUGGGCCAGCGGCCAGCAGGUGCAGCCGCUGAACUGGAGCCGCACCGGCGGCCGCGGCGUGCCGCAGCCCGACAACCGCGAGGGCGACGAGAACUGCCUGGCCAUCCUCAACCGGUUCUACCCCGGCGACCAAAUCACGUGGCACGACGUCUCCUGCCACCACAAGAAGCCGUACAUCUGCGAGUAGGCUUUGUCCGAGGCCCAUCGCCGCCUGGCCAGGCCGCGGCCAUGGCGCGACUGACGGUCUGUGGUCGGUCGUAGACCGGCCGCGCCGCCCCCGGUGGCGACAUCGCCGCGCGUGGCAUGAGGGAAACGAAGCGCAGGCUACGCCAUAGUGAAGAGACUACGGAGUCCAGCCUUUCGUGACAUCUUGUGGGAAUUGAGCUCUUUUCUAAGUUAUUGCACUGUUUUCCAAACACGGCGCUCUACCGUGCUUGGAAGAUAAAAUACACUGUAUUUAUUUGUACGAAAUGAA